AUGACUGAGAUGGUGAAGUACGACAUGGGCAUGCAGGGAAUGCAUGGCGCGCAGGGCGUUCAUACCUUGCAGAACCUGCAAUACAUGCGCAUGGGAGGCAUGCAAGGCAUGCACGAGAUGGACAUGCACUACUCAGAUGGCCUGAGCGAUGUGGGCAGCAUCGAUGGCUCCUACAUGGGCGGCAUGAGCAUGGGCGUCAUCAGCAUGGGCGGCAUGAGCAUGGGCAGCAUGAGUACGAUGAGUGACAUGAGCAGCAUGAGUGCCACUCAUUACAUGGGCGGCAUGAGCAUGGGCAACGGCAUGAUGGGCAUGAACGGCAUGAGCGGUGGGAUGGACUACAUGGGGGGCUACGGCAACAUGAGGAUGGCUCAGCGCACACGCAUGCCCCAGGACACCGGGCGCUCGCCAGUGGCAAGCCUCGAGGCGGAACGCCAGUGGCUGCUGCUCCUUUUGAAGCUGCGCAGUUUCCCACUGGACUGGCGCAGCGGCGACGAAGCUGGCCGGCGCCUGGAUGCUUUGGGCAAGGAGGUGCGGCUCUCGGAUCUAUAUGCAGCUUGCCCCACCUUGCGCAAGCGGGUGUCCUCCUAUGGCGGUCUGGGAAAGCUUUGGGCUGCGAGUCACCAGUGGAUGUUACCGACCCAGAUGUUCUCGGACUUGCAGGAAGCCCCGAAGCGAAGGGUCAAGGCCCCACAGGUGGACGCCAGGCAUGACAAGAAGGCGUGGCAGCAGCUCCUGGACGAUCUCAUGGCCUUUCCUGCAGAUUGGAAUGCCCAGAUGCACAAGGAUCUUCGCGGCGCCCUGCUGGGGAGGCAGUUGCAUUUGGCUCACCGCUUCGCCAAGUGCCCGGGCCUGCGACGCCAAGUGGACCAGGAAGGAGGUCUGUGCAACCUAUGGCAGAAGCUUCAUCAACAGGCAGCGGAAGCGGAUCCAUCAGGCACCUCCGGCGAUGUGAGCUGGACCACAUCUUCUAUUUCAGGUGCAGACUUCCUUGGCCCAUCGCCAGACCAGGAGCUCCCGGCCAAAGAGAAGAACAAGAUCCCAAAGCCGCGCGAGGGAGACAACUUGGACCCCGGUGCUUGGGCGGAAGACCUGCUGACGAAUGAGGGAUGA